GUUUGAUAACUGGUAACAGUUAGGCGAUAUUUCUCUCUUACUUAUGAUAUUUUUCAAACAUAUAAAAAACAAUUAAUUCUUCUGUCGUAGUAUUAUAAUGGCUGCUGGUAAACACUUAAUGUUUGUCUAUGGUACAUUAAAAAGAAAUCAACCAAAUUAUAUUUUCAACACAUCGGCGUUUGACGGUAUUUCUAUAUUUAGGGGUAAAGGUCGAACUGUUGAAAAAUUUCCUCUAGUUAUUGCUACAAAAUAUAAUGUACCAUACGUUCUAGACAGUCCUGGAAGAGGAAAUAAUAUUGAAGGAGAAGUUUACGAAAUUGACGAUAAAAGAUUAAAAAUAUAUGACGACCUAGAAUUAUAUCCCAUAAAUUACAAUAAGAAACAAAUCCAAGUAAAAUUGAAAAAGGAAAUUGAGGACGAAGAACACAGCGACAACAAUCAUGAGAUUUUACAAUGUAACAUUUAUAUUAUAACCGAUUUUAAGAAGGAAUUACUUUCCAAACCUGUUUUAUCAAAUUAUGAUGAUAACUUACAAGAGAAUAAGUACGUUACUGGAGAAAAUCGUUAUCAAUUCGAUAACCUUAAUUAUGAUACUAAAUGUGAUGUAAAAGAAAAUUGGCCAAAAAUCGAAACUAACAAUCCAAACCUACCAAUUCCAAUAUUUGUAUAUGGAACGUUAAAAAUUGGAGAGCAUUAUCACAAAUAUUUAAAAAACCCUGAAAAAGGAAAGGCUGAAUUUGUAGGAGAAGCCGAAACUAACACAAAAUACCCACUAGUUGUUGAAUCGAAGUAUAAUUUACCAUAUUUACUAUGGUCACCAAACAAUGGAAAUAAUGUUAAAGGUGAAGUUUAUAAUAUUGAUAAAGAUCUUCUAGCAUGGUUGGAUGAGUUUGAAGACCAUCCAAAAACUUAUAUAAGAUUACCGUCUUUAGUAAAAAUUAAUGGAGUUUUGAAAAAUUGUUGGUGUUAUUUUACAUAUUUUCUCAAGACUAUUGACGCUGAACUAUUAUCUAAACCAACAUUGGAAAGCUAUAGUCAAGCUCAAUAUCCCUGCCUUGAAAUUGGUUGGUAG